CUGUGUCAUCUGUAAUUCCAAAUUCUAACUUCGGUUUUCGAAGUUGCGCCUCGGGAGUCGGUUUUUCUUUGUUUAUUUCUUAAAUUUUAUUAUUUUUAGCGAUUCAUUUCCGAAUAAAGUAUGAUGUUAUUGUCAAUUAAAUCAUGGUUGUCUUUUUUCAUUCAUAUAUCGUUAUAGUUAAUUGUCGUUGUGACCCAAAUUAAGAUGAAAUCAGAAAAUUCUGCUAAACAGAGAAACCCAUUGGUGUUUUUAGAUAUAUCAAUCGAUGGCGAGACAGGUUUGUGUGGCUGUGAAGCUGGCCGAGUUGUUAUAGAAUUAAGAGAUGAUAUUGUUCCUAGAACAGCCAAAAAUUUUAGAGCUCUGUGCACAGGAGAGAAAGGGAUUGGUAAAUUAGGAAGACCUUUACAUUAUAAAGGUGUUCGCUUUCAUAAAGCUAUUACACAGUUUAUGGUUCAAGGAGGUGAUAUUAUUAAUGGGGAUGGUACAGGUGGUGAAAGCAUAUAUGGAACAACUUUUGAAGAUGAGAACUUUAUUCUUAAGCAUGAAGCGGGUGUCUUGAGUAUGGCGAAUUCGGGGCCCAACACCAAUGGCUCUCAGUUCUGUGUGACGAGUGUGCCCUGUCCCCACCUUGAUGGAACUAAUGUCGUCUUUGGACAGGUGUUAGCUGGUCUUAGGAUUUUGGAGGAAGUUCAGAAAACGGCUGAUGACUUUCGACCCACCGUUGAAUGUAUCAUCGAGGAUUGCGGAGAGUUAAAAGACGAGCCGUGGGACGUCCGAUGUCGGGAUGGCACGGUAGACCGUUUGCCCGAGUAUCCGGAAGACCUGAGGGAGGAGCUGAGUAUAGAAGAUCUGCUGGCUGGCAUCCUGAACGUGAAGUCCAGCGGGAACGCGCUGUUCGGAGCGGGCCGGUUCAAGGCCGCGGCUCGGAAGUACCUCAAGUGCCUGCGCUACUUGGAGCUCGCCGGGGACGCCGCCGCGAGCUCGUGCCGGACCCAGUGCAGCCUGAACCUGGCCGCGUGCUACUCCCGCCUGGGGCUGCACGCCGCCUGCGUCGGUCCCUGCUCGGAGGCGCUCCGCCUGGAUCCCGGAAACGGGAAGGCGCUGUACCGGAGGGGCCGCGCGCACUACGCCCUCAAGAACUACGAGGCGGCCCUCCGCGACCUCCGCGAGGCCGACAGGGCUUCGCCGCGCAACGGGGCCGUGCUGCGGCUUCUGGAAGAGGUGAAGGCGACCAGCAAGACCUACGACGACGUGCAGAGGCGGAGGCUGGCCAAGUUUUUUCGAGAGCGAGAGGGCGCCGCGGCCGCCCUCGGCCGUCACUGAGCUGCGGCUCGACGUGCUCAUCUAUCGCUACCGAUGACUGACGGGCCCGACUCGUAACUUAUUCCAGAACCGAACUCGUCUAACGUGUCGCGCGACUGCCUCAUAUUAAAGCAGUUUUGGGUUCGAACAAGAUCCGUUCGCAGCUUAAACGUCGAAAGCAUCGAGAGCAGUGCCUUAAACCGUUCCAAUUCCUUUUUAUGCCGAGUUUUCUCAUCGAGGUCUGCCAACAAUUUGCAAAACGAAUGAGCGAACGGGAAGUGCCAAAGAUACGAUCGUCACGAACUCGGUUGACCGCAGACGACCGAAAUACGUAUCAGAUAAUAAUGUAAAAAUUGUAAAUGUUAAGCUAAGUAAUUGUAAUGUUAGGUAAAUUAUGAUUUUUUGAUCUCUCACGUGUAUUACUUAAAAUUGUUAGUUAAUACUUUAAGACGGCUCACGUCAUGAGAUUUGACCGAACGCCCCGUCGCCCGAGCGUUCCUCGACAAGCUCGCGGCCAGGCGUUUUCCACGGAGCGCUGACUUUCACGAUUCACUUUACGUAUCGAGAAUAACGAAUCGAUAACACAUCGCACUCACUUUCAUUCCAACACAGCUUUUAGAUAAACUUACUUGUGACGUUAAUAUAUAUAUAUAUUAAUAAUAGGUGUAAGGGAUGACGAUCGAUGUACGUAAUUAUUGUUCCGGGGGUUAUCGACCGCGAAAGAAUACUUCUACUUCUCUUUUCACGCACUAGAAUAGUUUUAUACGUGACGUAAUAUACAAUUUUUUAUCUAAAAUAUGACUUUUAUUGUGUGAAAACGGUAACUUCGAUGGGCUUUUACUUUGAUGGAUGUCGAAUAAAACAAUAUUUUCCCAAUUAUUUUUAUUAAACACAAUAAAUACAGGCUUCAACGAAAUGAUAACAAACGGUGGACACGCGAUAGACGAGAGGACGGCGGACGAAUAAACAAUUCGGGGAUUCAAAUAAUAAGUUCCGGCCGGGGUGCGGAUGUCGUCCGGAACGGGACGAGGGAGAUAAAAGUGACUAGUAAAGUACGCUUACAAAUAAAAAUAUUUCUUACAAAAUUAGACAACACGAGUUUUCCCGAGCCGGAUCGAUCGCAGAGGUGUCGUUUGCUCGGAAGAACUCGCUUUUCAGUAACAUUUAAACGAUUAAAAAAUAAUUAAAGCGUAGAGAUUCGCGUCGUGACCCGAAA